UGACAGGGAAUCGGGAUAAAAAGUUUGAGGUGGCCGCUCAAGGAAAAGUUUGGUUAGUCGGAGGGAGGGGGUUAAAUCCAGAGAAGAUGAGCGACACAGAGGCACAAAGCGUAGCACCGUCUGAGCAACCACAACCACAACCCGAGAGAAAAAUCAUCGCGACAGGGGUGCAAGGAACCGUGAAAUGGUUUAAUGUGCGCAACGGAUAUGGCUUUAUCAAUAGAAAUGACACCAAAGAAGAUGUGUUUGUUCAUCAGACGGCAAUAAAAAAGAAUAACCCAAGAAAGUUCCUGAGAAGUGUGGGGGAUGGCGAGGUUGUGGAGUUUGAUGUUGUUGAAGCAGCUAAGGGCUCUGAGGCAGCCAACGUGACCGGUCCGGGUGGAGUACCUGUCAAAGGCAGCCGGUUUGCCCCCAAUAAACGCAGAUUCCGUAGGCGCUUUUAUCCACGGGAUGCACGUCCUGAUCAGGGAGAGGCAAAAGCUGGUCCCACAUCUGAGGGAGAGGGCAACGAAGAGAAAGGAGCACCUCAGCCACGCCCUCGGCGCCAGCGUCCACGUAGGAGACCUACUGCUCCACAAGGCGAGGGAGAAUCAGAAGAAAAGAACGAGGCAGUAGAUGAUGACCAGCAGAGGCCGCCACAACCACGCAGGUUCAGACCUCGAUAUCGAAGGCCAUUCCGUCCUCGUCCGCCUCCUGGAGAGGCUCAACAGACAGGCCCUGGUGAAGAGCAAGAGUCACCACCUAAAGAGGGCCAGACCAAUGGGGAGCAGGCUGAAGGUCAGCCCCGGAAACCCCGAAGACAGUUCAGUCGCCGCAGACAGAGAAAAUCUGAAUCUGGUGCCUCUAAAGAUGGAGAUGAACCUGAAAAAGUGGAGUCCCCGGCUCAGGCCUCUAAACCUGCUGGUGUCAAAUCCUCUUCUGAAACUUCCCCGAAACAGUCCCCUAAAAAAUCUGAGACGCCUGCCCCCACAGCUGCCAAGUCUGCAGAAUGAUUUCUGUGACCUGGAUGGAAUCAUGUGACCCUGGCAAGAGGUUCCCGGGUGGGUUAGUUUGGGGGGUAAGACCUCGCCUAUCUCAUCAAACAUUCAACCAAUGUGCACACAACUUGCCUCUCGCUUCUACAUCCUGUCCCUCCCCCAACCUGAUCCAUCCCUUGUGGUCUGGACCCUUCGGCUGUCAGAGGAGAGAAAGAGAGUGAGAGGGAUGGAGUGGAAGGGAGGGUUGGGUUGAUGCAUGUUUAGACAUUUAAAAAUGACAACAACAAAAAAAGCAAAAUAAUGAGAGACCUGCUCCAAAAGCCCAUUAUUUUUGCAAUGUUUCCCCUUUAUGGUUUUGUUCUGUACUAUGGGCAGUGAGCAGAAGAGAAAACAUGACCAGUUUGGCUACUUUUAAGUUCAUCGAUGAGAGAGGAAAUUCCAUUCAGUGUAGUGAGUGGUGCACAAGCUCUUCUCUCAUAACUAGAUAAAAGGGUAAAAAUACAUCCAAUUGAAAAACAAACUGGUUUAAAGUAGUCCCUUUUUUGUUUUCUGUUUUGUAUGUAAAUUUCUUUUGUGGGGAUUAUGUGCAAUGCCAGUAAUGUGAGUAAAUAAAGUAUUUGCA